ACAGGAAGGGCCGGAGCGGUGCUGGUUUAGCGGCUGAAGGGCAGCGACUUGGCUCAGUGCUUCUGGCACCUGCAGAACGUUACCAGGAGGCGUAAAUGGCUGAGCUUGAAGCAUGGACUUGAUGCCGUCGCCUUUCUGGCAGCUCUCCCUGUGAAGAGGAGUAAGGAUGGAGCGGGAAAGCGGCGCCAUGGAGGCUGAGGAGCUGGGACACGUGGGUCUGGCCAACACCUGGCUCUGACUGCCCGUGUGUGCCCUGCAGCAUGAUCCGGAUCAGGAGGAGAAAGCUGUGGGCAUCCUGCUUCUGCCUCACAGCUGCCCUUUUCCUUGUGGUGACGCUCCAGGUCAUCACUGAACUGGGCAAUUCAGAGAAGAAGUCUGCAGUAAUCUCCACUUUACAGGGUGGCCUGUUGAAGCCUGAGCAGAGACUUGCUUUUCCGUUUAAGAAGCAAGAACUUCGUGGCCACUUCAGGACAGAGACUGAUAUAGAGACUGAUGGAAAUCGCCACCCAAUCUUGCUCUGGUGGUCUCCCCUGACUGGAGAGACAGGGAGAUUGGGUCAGUGUGGAGAGGAUGUUUGUUUCUUUACUAUCAACAGGACCUAUCAGCACCAUCAGAUGACGAGAGCAUUUCUGUUUUAUGGUACUGACUUCAGUGUAGACAGCCUGCCUCUCCCUCGUAAAAACCAUCACGAUUGGGCCCUUUUCCAUGAAGAGUCACCGAAAAACAACUACAAGCUCUUUCAUGAACCAACCAUCACCUUAUUCAACCACACUGCAACGUUCAGCCGUCAUUCGCACCUACCACUGACCACUCAGUACCUUGAGGGUGUCGAGGUCCUGAAGUCCUUGAGGUACAUGAUCCCUCUGCAGAAGAAGAACAGCUUGAGGAAGAGGCUUGCACCACUUGUGUACGUGCAGUCUGACUGCAACCCUCCUUCUGACCGGGACAGCUAUGUGCGUGAGCUGAUGUGCCACAUCCAAGUAGACUCGUAUGGGGAAUGCCUGCAUAACAGGGACCUUCCUCAGCAUCUCAGAAAUCCAUCUGCCAUGGACGAUGGGAACUUCUAUAAAAUAAUAGCACAGUAUAAGUUCAUUCUUGCCUUUGAAAAUGCCGUUUGUGAUGAUUACAUCACUGAAAAGCUUUGGCGGCCACUGAAACUAGGGGUAGUACCAGUGUACUAUGGCUCUCCCAGCGUUGUGGACUGGCUUCCUAGUAACAAGAGUGCAAUCCUGGUAUCUAGAUUUUCACAUCCUCGCGAGCUGGCCCACUACAUCAAGACUCUGGAUACAAAUGACCGAGAGUACGAGGCAUACCUUGAAUGGAAAUUGAAAGGGAACAUUUCCAACCCCAGGCUGCUUACAGCACUGAGGGAACGCAAGUGGGGAGUGCAGGAUAUCACCCAGGACAAUUACAUUGACACCUUUGAGUGCAUGGUGUGUAACAGAGUGUGGGAAAACAUCAGGAGGGAAGAAAAGGGAUGGCUUCCACAGACCUGGAAUGCUCAGGUUAAUCACCUCAGCUGCCCCAAACCUGAAACUUUCUGGUUCUCAUCUUCAAACACAGGCUGGCCUUCCCCUCGAGAGAUGUGGAUACCCAGCUUUGAGCAAUCCAAGAAGGAAGCCCGGGCACUGAGGCUGCUGGUGGAAAGGAACACAAAUUUUACAGCUCAGGAAUUUUGGAUGCUUGUAUUCAGAGAAUAAAUAUGACCACCAGUAAAACUGAGUGAAAUCCUCAGGAGCAUCUAUGUGAUUUUCUUUUGCAGGUGGCCUUAUUGUAAGUAGGACUUGCAACCAUAGGAAGUAGACCGUUUGUCCUGUAAGACUGAAUUUAGUAGGCAUAGUAUUCAGAGUAUUACUAAGCCAAAAAACUGCCCCACUGUGUUAUAUUUUUACAUAAAUAGUUAUAUUAAUUGCCAUAGUUCUGACGUUUGAGCAUUAAGGCACCAGUCACUGAGUUCUCAAGGCCAGUUUUAAGCACACACCUAGUCCCGCCUAAACCAAAGGUACCUCCUUCCAUCUUUAGAUACGUACC